UGUUCGAUUUCUGCCGCAUUCUUAUUCCCCUUAAACCAUAUAAAUUAGAAUUAUGCGGGUUAAAACCUACAGACCGGCUAACUAUUGGAUGUAAUCCAUCUUACAGUCAACAAUGUUCCGAAUUAGAGUGUGGUACGUUUGCGUAGUGAUCCUCUUUUUGUCCCCAUUCCCCGCCAGCAGCUGGGACUACUGCCAGGAGCACUGGUGUCCACGUUCCAACAAUCAUGUGGCAUGCAACAACAAUGGGACCUUUGGACCCGAGUGCCGUAGCGAGGCAAAGUUAGUACCGCUGAGCAGACAGCAACGCAGUUUUAUUGUCAACCAGGUCAACUUCUACCGCAACCAGGUGGCUUCGGGCGGAUUUUCCGGCUUUGGAGCCGCACACCGAAUGGCCAGUGUGCGCUGGGAUCCCGAGAUGGCUCAGUUGGCCGAGUUGGCGGCCCGAAGGUGCAGCCUUUCGGGGGACGAGUGCCGAAACACCAGACGAUUCAAGCACGUGGGUCAACUGACAGGUCAUGUGAUCUUCAGUGCGGGCAAGCACAGCGACUUGGAGCUGCUGGGCCACAAGAUCGCCAACUGGUUUGGCCAGUAUAAGCGGGCCACCAAGGAGCUGGGAGCCGCGGAUCCGGCCAGUGACAUCACUAGCUUCCGCCAGCUGAUCCAGGAAAGGGCCACCCACAUGGGAUGCGGAGUCCUGCGGCAGAGGAGCCACAAGCGGUGGCAUCAGCAGUUCAUUGUCUGCAACUUUGCCCGCGAGAACUUGGCCCACGAACCGGCCUACGAGGUGGGUCCUCUGCCAGCCUCAGGUUGCCGAGCGGGAAGGAAUCCGCGCUACCCGAAUCUCUGUGCCCUCCAGGAGCACUACGAUGUGAAUGCCGUCGAUCGGUUCCAAAACAAGCCACCGCUGAGGAUCAGGGUCAAGUACAGUGGAGCCAAGGCAUCGAAGGCUUUGGCUCCUCUUCCUGGCUUGGCCUUUCAUCCCAAGCCACCGCUGAUGUUUAGGAUCAAGUACAGUGGAGCCAAGGCAUCGAAUGCUUUGGCUCCUGUUCCUGGCUUGGCCUUUCAUCCCAACAUCGUGUUGGAAACUCUUUAA